AUGGAGGCUUUGCACGGGCCCAAGAUCAUCCGAGCCAUCUCGCCGAGGGCUAGGGCUGUCGGUAAAGCCGCAUUUCCUGCUCCAGGGGCUGGGGUGAGAGGGGAACUGCUGAGUGUGCACACCUUUCCAGAGCGCAGACACAUACCCUGCCUCCGGGGCUCCCUCUCGGGCUGCCGCCACGGACUUCCCCCGGCCCAGAUAGGCCCCCACGGGAGUCACAAAACCCCUACCCCAACCUCCAGCACCUUCCAGCCCAUGGACUUGACCUACAAAAGCUGCCAGGGCCUGGGCUUGCUUCCAGUGCCCAGACUCCAGGCCCUAAAGGCUGAGGAGGCCCAGUUCAUCCCUACAGCCCCGGAUGUCCACACUGGGGCAUCUUCGCAGGCCCUGGGGGCUGCCCCCAGCCCAGAAGACACUGGAAGGGCUGAGGAGGUGCCUAGGGAAGGAGGCCAAUCCCUGCAGGCUGAGACCCGGGCUUGGUUCCAGAAGACCCAGGCCCAGGGGCUCCUGCAGCACGGGGCGGCCCCUCCUUGGUUCCACGGCUUCAUCACCCGGAGGGAGGCCGAAAGGCUGCUAGAGACCAAGCCCGAGGGUUGCUACUUGGUGCGGUUCAGCGAGAGCGCUGUGACCUUCGUGCUGACCUACAGGAGCCGGACUUGCUGCCGCCAUUUCCUGCUGGCCCAGCUCGGGGACGGACGCCACAUGGUGCUGGGCGAGGACAGUGCCCACUGGCGGCUGCAGGACCUGCUGCGGUACUACACGGGGUCCCCUCUCAGCCCCUACGGGGAGACGCUCAGCCAGCCCCUUGCCCGCGAGACUCCUGAGCCUGCAGGACUUUCCUUACGGACUGAAGAAUCAGACUCUGGAAGCAAAAGCCAAUACCUGCACCCCCAGUACAGCCCAGUUCUCAAAAAUGAGAAUCCCAGAGCCCCCACACAGAAAGAUGGGAACUGCGAGCCAAAGGAGCCCCCUAGGCCCAAGCCUCCUGUGCCCGCUAAACCUCAGCUACCCCCCGAAGUCUACACAAGCUCGACUCCACGACCUCGCCCAGCUGUGCCCCCCAAGCCCUCCAACCCCAUCUACCACGAGCCUGAUGAACCCAUAGCCUUCUACGCCAUGGGCAGGGGCAGCCCUGGGGAAGCCCCCAGCAACAUUUAUGCUGAGGUGGAAGUGGCGGUGCCCUCAGGGAGUAAGGGCCCACCGUGCAUCCUCCAGCACCCGGUCCUCUGGAAGUACCAGUCCAGGCCUGUCCCAGGAAGCCAGAAUCCAGGUGGCCGGCAGCUGUGUUCUGAAAAUUCUGUGGCUGAACAAGGCUCUCUCGUGUCCCACCAGCCCCUGCCUCUCUGGGGACACAGCCUCCCUCAUGCCCUUCCUAGACAGGUGCUUCAGGACAGAGGACAAGCGUGUCUUUCCCUGGGGCCUCCUCAGUAGCCGGUGAUUCUGAGCGAGGAUGACCUGGAACAUCUGGUCCAGAGACUUCACACACACCCAGGUGUCCUUCUCGGGAAAUGUGGAUGGAACAAACUAUAGGUGAUCAGAGCUGGAAAGGACCUCAGUGCCAUCUAUUGCAAAGAUGGCAAAAAGGUGUUACCUUGGUAUGCCAACACCAAUCCAUUAGUCUUUGCUGCCCAGGUCACUGCAUUGGAAAAGCUGUUAAGGUCAUCUCUGAAUUCAGCAGAAAAGAGCACCGUGAUUGAUUAGUGAUGUCUGCUAUGGGUGAGGGAAGGAAGAGGAGCAGCUUCUAUUUUUGCCCUUCCUGAUCAAGUCCAACUGUCUCACUGUGCAGAUAAGUAAACGAAGCCAGAGUGGGCUAGUGACUUGCCGAAGUCAAGGACUAGGACCCAGGCCUGAUUUCCUGGUUUGGAGCUCUGUUCCUGACCCCACAUCCACUAGGUCUUCACAGGAAAUGUCAGAAAUUUCCUGAGAUAGGAAAUUUGGCUGCUCUCCAGAGUUCUACCACAUUGGGUCCUGGGUGCUGGAUCCUUUCCUCAGAUCCCACCAUAGCCCUGUUACCCUGUAGGGCUGGGAUCCCACAAAAAAGCCUAGAGGUCAGAAGAGCAAAUGUGGAAUCCACUCCCUGUUAGGGACACGCCCACUGGUUCCCCCACAGACUCCUCAGUGCUUGGUGCUCCUGUGAAGAUGUGGGCUAGCAGGGCCCUGCUGCCUCCCGCUGCCCUGGCCUCUCGUGGAAUCUGAUUUCCUUGGCCCUCUGAGCCUUUGAGCCUGGGCCCUGGUCCAAUGCUGCUGUUGUCUGAGGGUUGGUUUGGCGAGAACAGAUGUUAGAACUUGUUUGUUGAUUCUUGUCUGGCUAAUAAAUCAUCGCCAACCACUUCCCCCUACA